AUGUGGGAAGUAGGUUCACAUGGUCAAACCGGUUUACGAAAGGAACGACUAGAUAGAGGAUUUCAGAAUAUUCAAUGGCGUAACAGGUUUCCAUACAGCAGGGUAAUAACUCUCAUGCCCUCGGAGUCAGACCACUGCCCUAUUCUCAUUGAAGCAUUCAAUGAGAAACAAAUUAGAAGGAAAAGAAGCAAACCUUUUCGUUUUGAGGAAUGUUCGUUUGGAAGGGAGGAAUGUCAAAAGAUCAUUCAGCAGGAAUGGGCCAUGCCAAGCACGGGUAAUGCAUUGCAGCAGAUUGGUUGUAAAACAAAAGCUUUGGGAGACAAGUUACGUGUGUGGCAUCACACUGAUUUUAAUCAGCAGAAAACUGAAAUAAGGGUGCUGCAGGAAAAACUAAAUGAUCUGAUGCGGCAACCUCACUCUCUGCCACUGUACGAAGAGCAAAGAAAGCUUCAUAUUCGAUAUAGUCAACUUUUUUCCUUGCAAGAGAAGUAUUGGAAACAAAGGUCUCGGGCUUUGUGGUUAAAGGAAGGAGACAGGAAUACGGCCUACUUCCAACGAAAAGCAAAACAAGUGAGUCCAGAAGCAAUUGCAGAAGUUGUUACUGCAACUCCUUGCCGGGUGACACAAGACAUGAAUGAAGCAUUGUUGGCCUCAUAUACUAAUGAGGAAAUCAAGAAGGCCCUCUUCCAAAUGCAUCUAUCGAAAAGUCCUGGCCCUGAUGGUAUGUCUCCCUUAUUCUACCAAAAAUAUUGGGAUAUUGUCAGUGAAGAUAAUCCUAAAGAAGCAAUGCAUUUUAGACCCAUAGCUUUAUGCAAUGUUAUAUGCAGAAUUAGCUCUAAAGUUGUGGCCAAUAGGCUUAAGUGUUGGUUGCCCAAAAUUGUGUCUCCUCUGCAGAGUGCUUAUGUCCCAGGACGAUUGAUUUCUGAUAACACUUUGGUAGCCACUGAUUUCAUGCACAAACUGAAAUACCAAGAAGCAGGUUUCUUCUUUCUCAAGCUUGAUAUUAGUAAGGCAUAUGACAGACUUGAUUGGUCCUUUAUUCAUGCUAUGUUGACAAAGUUAGGCUUUGCCUCUCGAUGGAUACAAAUCGUUAUGAAAUGUGUUUCAUCCAUGGCUUAUUCUAUUCUAUUGCAUGGGGAGCCUUCUCCUUUGAUCACACCUACUAGAGGUAUCAGACAGGGGGAUCCACUAUCACCCUAUCUGUUUAUAUUAUGCAGUGAAGGUUUGUCAGCUUUGAUCUCACAGGCAGUUCACCAACAUAACAUUCAAGGCCUCACCAUGUGCCCACAGGCCCCUACUCUACACCAUCUUUUCUUUGCAGAUGACAGUAUCCUUUUUGGCUCGGCUACAACUACAGAGUGUAUGCAAUAUAGGAGAAUUCUGAAUACCUAUGAGAGAGCAUCGGGACAGAAGGUGAAUUUUCAGAAAAGUAGUGUUGUCUUCAGCAAUAAUGUUAGUGAGGAGCAACAACAGGAAUUGGCUGCUAUUCUGGAAGUUCAAUGUGUCAAGGAGCAUGACAAAUACCUAGGGUUACCUAUGCGCAUAGGUAGGUCAAAGUCUGCCAUCUUUGCGUACAUAAAGGAGAGACUCACUAAGAAAAUGGGAGACAUAGAUGACAAAAAGAAAAUUCACUGGCGAAGCUGGGAGAAACUCUGUCUAACCAAAGCUGAAGGUGGAAUAGGGUUUAAGAAUAUGUAUGCUUACAACCUUGCCAUGCUUUCUAAACAAGGCUGGAGAUUGAUUUCCAAUCCACAUUCUUUGAUUGCUAAACUGUACAAAGCCAAGCCGGUUUUGAAGGCAGGAGUGCAGUGGAGUAUUGGUAAAGGAACUCAAGUCAGCAUUUGGAAAGAUAGAUGGAUACCAAAUUGCCCACAAUACUUAGUACACAAGCCACCGGAUUGUAUUUUCGAGCAAGUUUCAGACUUGAUAGAUCCCCAUACGAGACAGUGGAUACUUGAGGCCAUUCAUGCUAUCUUCCCACUUGUCGUUGCUCAACAGGUCUUAUGCAUUCCUCUUAGCCGUAGAACUAUAGAGGAUAAAUUGGUUUGGAGUCCGGAAAAAAAAGGUUUCUAUUCUGUUAAAACUGCAUAUUGGAUUGCUCGGACAAAGGUGUUAGAAAAGGUGCUUGCAUCCACGUCCCAAGGUGACCCUUUUCAAGAGUUGUGGAACAGAAUUUGGAAGGCGAAAGUCCAGGGGAAAGUUCAAAUUUGUAUUUGGAGAGCUUGCUCAAAUCUGCUCCCUACGAGGGCCAAACUUUCUACUAAGGGUUAUGUGGGUGACAUACAUUGUCUUCUAUGUUCACAGGCCUACGAGGACACUGCCCACAUCUUUUGUAAGUGCCCUACUGCUGUCCAAAUUUUAACUGCAGCGCCAUUUCAUUUUGGAAGAAGUUUACUGCCUAAUAUCAACUUCAAGGAAUGGAUGCUUGAUCAUGCCUUGAACCUUAAGCAAGAUGUCUUUGCACAACUCCAGAUGGUUCUGUGGGCAUUAUGGAAAAACAGGAAUAAUAUGCUGUGGCAAAAUACAGCUCAGUCUGCAGUGGAGUUGACUAUUAGUUCCUUAGCAUGGUUGGAAGAGUAUAACCAAGCUCACAAAGUAGAACAGUCGUCCCAACAGCAGAGAAAGCGAACCUGGCAGCCGGCAACACAAAACAGGUGGAAGCUUAAUGUUGAUGGGAGUUUUUUGCCUCAAUUCUUUCAUGGGGGAACUGGAGGUAUUCUACGGGACAAUGCAGGAAGAUUUAAAGCUGCUUUUGCAGUUCCUGUUAGCUCUGUUACCUCAGCUAAACAAGCUGAACUCUAUGCCAUCAGGGAAGGACUGAGACUGAUCCACAGGUUGCAGAUUGAUGAUGUGGUCAUCGAAAUAGAUUGCAUGAAUGCGGUUGAGGAGAUAGCUGAUACACAGUUCACUCAUGCAUCUAAUGAAGGGCUCUUAGAUGACAUCAGACAAGACCUAUUGGCGCUGUCGAAAGUGGUAGUGCAACACACCCCUAGAAUUUGUAAUAGAAUAGCUCACCGUUUAGCAGCUACUGCCUAUGACGCCAACAUGGCAUGGUAUUGGCUUGAUCAUCCUCCAGACUUCAUUCUAGACAUGAUCAACUAUGAUUGUAAGAACAUGGGGUGA